AUAACGCGUUAUAUGUGUGUUCCCCGCUCAAGUUCUUUGGCUCGAGCAUGCUCGCGGGGAGUCCCGCGACCGAGCCCGAGGUUUUCUUCGUCGGUUCCCCGCGCGGCAGCAGCGCGGGCCAUUCGAGCUGCUCGACUGGUUCCUCGUGGGAGCUGAUCGAGUGCGGCUCCUUCUCCGAGGGCCGGGCGCUCGACCCGCGGGGCUGCGCGCCGGAGGGCGCAUGCGAGACGGCGCGUCUUGGCUGCGGCUCGCUCGGGCUGCUGCUGCGGUCGCUCUUCGCCUUGGUGAGCGACUCGAUCGUGGCUCAGGAGGUUGACGAGGAGCUGGACGUGAUCGAAAUUCACAUGCCAGUGGAGCCAUGGUCGCGCAGGUUCUACCGCAAGACGGCGACCGACGAAGUGGAGGUGCAAUUGGUGAGGCGCAAGAACGGCAACAUCUGGGCAGUGCUCACCCCGGACCUUGGACUCGGGCUGAUCUGCAUCGCCGCGAAGGCGUCCAUCUUCGCGGACCCAGUGGCAGUGAUUCGCUGGAGGCCAGUGCUGCCUUUGAGCGCGUCCCAGCGCGAUGCCUACCUCCAGCAGGCGACGGAAGGCUUGCGUGCAGGGGCGGUUCCGACGCUCCAGCUCUACCGCCGGGGUCGUGCUGGUCAGCAGGCGAUCGCGGUGAACGUGCUGCAUGCCCUGUUCAGCUCAGGGGAGGUGUGGGUGGCGUUCGUGAGGUACCUGGUCGCGGCGAAGGAUGCUUUCGUGGAGAGCUCGGACGUCGUGCAGGAGUGGCUGAGCUACCUCGUGGCGUGGAAUGAGUGGGCUCAGAAGCUCAUGCCGCUGCUGCGCUGGCUGGCCAUGAUCGUCGCGAUGGUGCUCCUCACGGGCUGGGCGGCGCGCGAUGUGUCCGACCACGCGGAGCCGGGAGAAUCUUCGAUCGGAUCGUCCUCGGCCUCGAGUGUGGACGUGUCCGUCGGUCACGCGUCGUCCAUGCAACCGCCAUUGCCACCGCCCUUGCAGCCUCCUGGCGUGGACUCGUCGGCUUUGGCCGCCCAGCUGAGCGACCUCGCGGAGUCCCAGAAGGCCAUGAUGGAGGAGAUCAGCGAGAUGAGGACGGCAAAGCGGACCAGGGAGUUACGUCGAGGCGUGCUGAAGUCCUCUCUCGAAUCGAGGGAUCGUUCGGCGGUCGAGGCCAACCGUCAGGUCAUCGAGGGCAUGAUCGCUCGUCUGGACAAGUUCGAGGCAGUGGAGCUGGCCAUCAAGCGGAUGCGGUUCAAGGCCCAGCUGCCGCAGCAGGCGUUCAUGGAGCAGCUGGAGGAGUAUCAGGCGAUCCCCGCCGAGGAGUGGAACAAUCGCACACCCGAGGGGUAUCGGCAGCGGAUCUCCGCGGAAGUGCUGUCGGAGAUCUACUCCUCUGGGAAGACGGCGGAAGGAUGGGCUCGGGACUUCUUCUGGGAUCGAGGGUUGACAGAGUGCAAUACGGCUCGAGAGAUGAUCGCGGCGUUCGCGGCGUUGGACACGAUGCUGAUGACGGAUCGUCAGAAGGGGCUGCUCAAUCUGGUGAGCUUCGAACGCCUGGUGCGCAAGGGGUACGCCAUCGUGCGAGCAUAUCGCAAUGUGAACUACCGCGACGACUGGAGCCGCCCCAAGGACGCCAAGGGCUGGAAGUCAAAGGUGGACUGGGAGGCGGCUCGACGGCUGGAUCCCCAGCUGGCGGACGAGAGCAGGAUUCGGGUGAUGAGUGCCGAGGAGGAGGUGAAGAAGGCCAUGGUGCGGGACGCUCAGCUGCUGAAGGCGCGCGCCGACCUGGACAGGAGCUCGGUGGUGUUGUUCUCGCGUCCGGAGCGCCCGAGCUCGACGUCUCGUCGGGUACUGUCGCGAUGGAAGGAGGAGGUGGAGACGCUCGGGCGAGCCAACCGCUCUCUCUUGGCGCUGCGUCAACUCUACCGCGGGAGCUUGGACGACAGCCCCCUGGAGCUGGCCGAGUGCUGGGGACCGGGGGCUAUGCCCGACAACCUGGACGGGGACCGCUCUCGGCGGGUGCUUGGGGAAAAUCGUCGCCAGCAACCGCCGCCGACGACGCCCAGUCAGGGAGCCGCGAUACUGCGGCUGCGCCCGGCCGCCUCGGCGGCGGGCAGUCAGUCCCAGUCGACCUUCAAGCAGAGGUUGGCCGAACUUCGGAGGAGGAGUGCUGGCAGGAGUGUGCGGCUGCCAGACAGGGGCGAGACCUUCCCCGCCCAGUGGGAUCGGGUCGCUCUACCUCCCCCGGGGACCAGACCUGUGAGUGCGAGGUCUGUGUCGCCGCGGGUGGCACCGAAGUUGGAGAAGUUUCGGGGGGGGAUGCUGAGGGGGGACGGCGACGCUUGCGUGCUGGCCUGCGAGGUGCGCAACGACGUGGGCCCUCACUUUCGAAAGAAGAAGAAUAAGAAAAAGAUGCUGCAACUAUCACGAAGGAGGGCCCUGGCGGGGAUGCUGUGUCGUACACCCGAGAAGGUAGACGAGGUCGGGCUGUUCUGCGUAAAGAAGAAGGCCGACCUGAUCAACGAGGAGCCAGAGGUGACGCUCCGCCUGGUGUUCGACCAGAGGCGCUGCAACACGCGGUGGCGGGCUCCACCGUGGUGUGCGAUGGGCGGGGUGAGUGCGAUGUCGUUUCUGGACGUGUCGGAGGAGGUGAAGGAGGGCGGGGUGACCAUGCGCUUUGGCACGGGCGACCUGCCCGACUUCUACUACAAGCUGGAGCUGGGAGAGGAGAUCGCGCUCUACUUCGUGCUGCCUGGCGUUUCGGGGGGCGAGCUGGACGCGGUGCUGCCCGAUGGUUCGCGGUCGCCUGGGAGCGGCGCCUACGUCGGGGUGGAGGUGGCGCUCAUGGGCCUCUCGUGGGCGUGCUGGGUGGCUCAGACGACGAUUGAGGACAUCUUCAACGUGGGGCCGCAGGCUGGGCUGCCGUCACCGUCGGAGGGUCAGCGUCUCGCCGAAGGCGGGCCUUUGCCCCGGCUCAGCCGGGAGGUGCCAGCGGCUCACUACGAAUACAUCGACGACUUCGGCAUCAUCGGGCUGGACUACCCUGCGCUGCCGGGCCAGAAGGAGGUUACGACGGUGGAGGAGGUCUGGCUGGGGGCCAAGGAACUGGUGAUGGCUGCGGGCUUCAAGGUGCACAAGGAUGCGUGCUCCUCGGCAGCUCGCAUGAUCGGGGGCGACUUCGAGGGUACUCGGCUGGCCCCGAACCAUGACAAGAUGUGGCUCGCGGUCCUCGGCAUCCAGGGGAUCCUGAUCAGCAAGUGGGAGUUGCCCGACUCGAUCGCGCGGAUCGUGGGCAUCCUGUGCUGGGGAUUCUUGAUCUGCCCGAGGGCGCUGAGUAUCUUCUCGGAGGUCUACUCGUGGUGCAUGAAAUUUCGCGGUGGGCCCAGGCGCGAGGUGCCGCGGGAGGUGCUGAGAGAGUUGGCAGCAGCGGCGGCCAUCGUCCCCCUGAUCGCGGUCGACCUGGCGAUACCCUGGAACCCCACCGUGAUGAUGAUCGAUGCCAGUCUGUACGGAGGGGCCAUCAUCGCCACCUCGAGCACCGUGGGCGAGGCUUUCAGGCGCGUGGGCAACGACGUGGAGUUGGGCACGCGCGCUCGAGUGCCGCCUGUGCACGAGUGCUGGGACGACAUCACCCGAUGGAGGGAGGUGGUGCGCUGGCGCUGGGAGGAGAAGGAGCACAUCAACUUGCUGGAGAUGCGCACGGGUGUUGCAGCGGCGAGGCAUUCAGCUCGCAGUCGGGCGAGCUGGGGGAAGAGGCACCUGCGGAUCAUGGACUCGAUUGUCUGCCUCGGCGGCUUCAGCAAGGGCAGGUCCGCGAGUCGUCCGAUCCUGAUCCUCUGCCGCAGGAUGGCGGCCCUUGACCUCGGCUGCGGCAUGCGCGAGCACUGGCGCUGGGUGCCUUCGGAUCGCAACCACAGCGAUUGGCCGAGCGAGAGACUUCGACACCGCGCUCAGCACCGCAAGAUGGGCAACACGCGCCGUAGGAACGAGUCGGAGCGUGUGAACUCCCUGGGCCUGUCGCGGCAGGAGGGGCCGACUCGGGGGCUCGCCCUGCUCCCGUUCGGUCGAAUCGUGCUCUACGUGCCUGACACCGACUGCAUGUGGCAGAAGAAGGUGAGCCUCAACCGCUCGAGUUGUGGGCCGUGCUGGACGAGGCCAUUGAGGUUGGCCGGGAACCAGGAGGCCACCGAUGCCGCCGAGGUCGCCCUCGACGCUCACCUCGGGUCCGCGGAGCUGUUCGGCCUGCGAGCGGCCGACGUCGUGAUCGACGUCGACUCGGCGGGCGAGCAGGUCGUGGCCCUUCGGCUCGGAGCGCCCGAGCGCGGCGAGCGGGCGAAGACGGGCACGAGGCAGGGCGUGCUGAUCGACCGCGCGCACGUGGCCGACAUGCUCGUGCGGAGGAAAGCCGAGAGGGCGCCGUCGGACCGGGUCUUCGCCUGCUCGGUGGACGCCUCCCGCCGCGCCCCGAAGCGGGCCUGCGACGACGUCGGCGUCGAGCGCUUCCCGCCACACGCCGCCAGGCACUCGGGGCCAAGCCACGACGCGGCGACCAGCUACAGGACGGAGUGGGCCAUUCAGCGGCGCGGGCGAUGGGCGAGCGAGAAGAGCGUGCUCAGGUACAUGAAGACGCACGUUCUGGUGGCUGCUCGUGCCGCGCUUCCGCCCGAAGUGAUCGAGCGGGGCGCCAGAUUGCUGGGGAAGAAGGACGUCCGCCCGCUGAAG